GAACCACUGACUCACAGCACAUUUGCAGGUCCGAGGGCCGACAAGGUGUCAGCGCUGAUCCACUCAACCCGUCUGAAGCUCAACAUGCAGGCGAUUCUGUCUCUGAUCCUCGUCUGGACACACUUCAGCACAGCUGGAUCUCUUCAGUGUGAGACUUGCACAGAUCAGCGAUGUUCGGCCACAGCGUUGGUCUCAUGUUCCUCAGCCAGCAUGUGUGUUACUGCUUCUGUUCUAGCCAAAUGGUCUGGAGGAUCGAGUGAGCACAUCUUCAAGGCCUGUGCCCCUCGCUCCCUGUGUCCGGCCUCGGGCCCCCACACAUUUUCAGCCAGCACAAAAGAUGCCAGUACAUUUGCAUCUGCCCUGUGCUGCAACACAGACGGCUGUAACUCAGGAACGCUGCCUUUGAGAGCUGCUCCGUCAGACAACGGCCUAAAGUGUCUCCCAGCUGACCCCUCUUGGUUCAGGGCCCCAGUGCAAUGCAAGGGAGUGGAGAGAAGCUGCUUCCAAGCAAGAGCUAAAAGAGGUUUCAGUGGUGCUUCAGUCUUUGGCUGCAUAUCUUCAAAUCUGUGUGCAGCUGCAGACGACAGGACCAACCAACAUUUCUUAAAAAGUUUUGGUUAUGUCACCAACCAACGAGCCCGUUGUGUGAUGAGUGUAUGUGCUGGGUGUGUGGUGAAAAAAAGAAUUUCCAGAGACAUCGUUACAUCUGACUUACCAAUAAGUGUUGAACCAACAACAACUUAUAUCCCUACAACAACUACUCCUGACUCAACAACAACCACAACAACCACUGCUGCCCCCACAACAACUAUAACCACCGCUGCCUCCACAACCACAACAACAACCGCUGCCCCUGCAACAACCACAACAACCACUGCUGCCCCCACAACAACAACCACAACAACCACUGAAGACCCCACAACAACAACCACUGCUGCCCCCACAACAACUACAACCACCGCUGCCUCCACAACCACAACAACAACCGCUGCCCCUGCAACAACCACAACAACCACUGCUGCCCCCACAACAACAACCACAACAACCACUGAAGACCCCACAACAACAACCACUGAAGACCCCACCACAACCACCGCUGCCCCCACAACAACCACCGCUGCCCCCACAACAACAACCACCGCUGCCCCCACAACCACAACAACCACCACUGCCCCCACAACAACCACAACAACAACUACUUCUGCCCCCGCAACUGACUCAACAACAACCACUGAAGACCCCACAACGACAACCACAAAAACAACUGCUGACCAAGCAAUAACAACAUCCACCGCUGCCCCCACAACGACAACAACCACCACUGCCCCCACAACCACAACAACAACCGCUGCCCCCACAACAACAACCACAAAAACAACUGCUGACCAAGCAAUAACAACAACCAUCGCUGCCCCCACAACAACAACAUCCACCGCUGCCCCCACAACGACAACAACCGCUGCCCCCACAACAACAACAUCCACCGCUGCCCCCAUAACCACAACAACCGCUGCCCCCACAACAACAACAACCACCACUGCCCCCACAACAACAACACCCACCACUGCCCCCACAAUGACAACAACAACCGCUGCCCCCACAACAACAACCACAACAAAAACUGCUGCCCCAACAACAACAACAACCGCUGCCUCCACAACAACCACUGAAGACCCCACAAUAACAACCACAACAACAACUGCUGACCAAGCAAUAACAACAAUAACCACUGCUGCCCCCACAACAACCACAACAACUGCUGCCCCAACAACAUCAACUGCUAAUAAAUCAUCAAAAUUUUUUGUUCCAUCUACUGCUUUCCUGGCGAUAACAGCUGGCACCCUAGUGAUGACAGAAACAAUAUAUCUGUUGCUUGGACUCCUUAUUGUUUCUUUUAUUUUUUUGUAGAACUAGACACUGCACCCAACAGGGUCCCAUAAGAAACUUAGUUUUUGACAGUUUUUGGGUUAAAUUAUAGAAACAUGUUUUGAAAAUGUCUCAAAUUACUGUAAGCGAAAGAGAUGACACUGCGUUACAUUAACGGAUUAUUAAUUAAAGUUAAGUGUGUUUAGUUGCUUCCAGUUCUUCUCUUUUCAUUCUCCAGUUCUGCUCUAUAGUUGGUGUGUUACAAACAGGCAAACAGGCUCACUAUGAGCAGGGAAAAAGGGCUGAUACAGCCGACAAACUCACACAGAAGAAUGUGUAAGUAAAGGCAGUUUAAUAAAGAAACACACAGGGAAAAUAAUAACAACUCAAAAUGACUGCAGUGCAGGAAAAAAACUAGUCAAUAUAUUAAAACUCUAAAACAUGCAACACACAGAAACAAAAACAGGACAGAAACCGAACAGCGAGGUAACUGGGGGCAGUUUCAAGAAGGAGGUAAACCUCCUUCCUUUAACUACAAAGGGGUUCAGCAGCAUUUAGAGCACUGGUCGUCUCAACGGCAGUGAAGAAACCAGCGAAACCUUCUCUCACUUAGGGGGACAUUCUCAUAAGGAGAUACUAUGAGGGGACAGUGUCCAGCCACGAGAGUGGUACUAACUGCCCUUGUACUGUUGAUUGAUGCUAAGCCACUCUCUUACCUCAAUGAGGUUGAGGAGAGACCUCCUGACCAGUAUCACACUAACUUGUGGUAUUUUUAAAUGAAGACAGAGCACUCAUACCUUUACUGGUCCAAUCGUCUUCCACCCAAUUGGGUAGGUUGUUGUGUUCCUGUUUAUGUUUCAGAUGGCUCCUACGUGAUAACACCACAGCAGACGACUUCGAAGCGACAGCAAGAGAUCGACCUGAAGGAAAGUGAUUGGAUCUGGGGAUCAGACGUCCCCAUGGAUAAGAAGCUCUGGACUACAGGCCAGAAAGUAGCACUAUCCCUAUUUCCAUGGUUGGGGGGAGGAAAAAUCAUGCUAAGAGUUGAAACCAUAAAUUACCGCAUAAACCUGUUCUUCAAUGUCACGGUAACGGUCCUUGCCAGUAUAGAUCGUCGUCUCACCGCCCUAACACUCCGUGAGUUACAGGACCGCCUGGUGUUAGAUCUGCUCACUGCAAGCCAAGGUGGAGUGUGUGCAAUAGUGGGCCCCAAAUGUUGCACAUACAUCCCAGGAGAUGACCAAGACGCAAAGUUCACCCAACAGGCACUCCGUGACCUACAGCACAUAUCCAAUGUGCAGGCGGCUGAUGUAGUGAAAGACAUAUCCUGGUUUGAUUGGUUUAGGUCUGGCACAUGGACUGACAUUCUGAUGAAGAUUUUUGGACUGAUUCUACUGAUCCUCUUGGUUCUGAUACUGAUUGUGUUAUGCGUAAAUUCCCUGUUUGAGGGCCAUGAUGAUCAGGCUGGUGAAUCAAGGCCUUCUCAGGGUGUGGCAGUCAUGCACUCUCGACAAAUACACUAUACACCUUUGAAGCUCGAUAACUGUGAAGAGAACCUCCACGAUGUCGUCGGAAAUGGACGCUAAGCUGUAAAUAUUGUGCUUCUGUGCUUUUGACCCUGCCUACGAUGUUGUAACAUUUAUUCCAUGUUUUAUGACAACUGCACUGAAAAUCGAAAGAAGUUGUGCUGUUCCGAUGUAUGCAUGAUUGUUUAAUGGAUGUUUCAACGUUAAACAGGAGGGAAAUGUUGAAAAAAUGCUGCAUUUAAUCAUUGAAACAUACUUUGCUGACGCCUCGUUAGCUGUGCUAUAGCCUUGAAGUUUUCUCCCUUCUGCUCUGCAAGAAAUAGGAAGUACUGGUGUGUAGCAUCCUUAUCUGAUGAGCCCAAUGCUUUGUGCAGAAAAUAUUUCCCACGUACUGUGUGACUAUGCACCUCCCAGAAUGCAAUACAUAUUAUGAGCUGAAUCCUUGUCUUCUCUUCAGUGAGAGAAAGUUGCCUUUGCUGUAAACUGCUCAC